AUGGGGACUUUUAGUAGAAUAGCCAUAGGCUUAAUCGGAAUAGCAACAACUACAUUUGGUGCCAUAUUAAUUUAUCGCCAUUACAUUGAUAUUCAAAAAUUAAGGAACAUUAAAAUACUGCGUGCGAAACGCGAAGUACCUUCAGCUGAUUCUAUUCCGUCGAAUCACGUCGCUCGUUCACAGAAAAAUGACAAAUUAGAUUCUUCUAUUUCGCCUGAGGAAAUACGCCAUUUGGUAUCCUUACUCCCAUCUGCAAAUACAACAAAAUUUUUCAAAAUCAUGAAGACUCUUAUUCAAUUAUCUAACGAUAAUACCAAUAUUCCUUCUUUCAGUUCGCACGAUAUCUUGGACAAGUUGUAUUCUCAAUUGACCUUAGGAGGCGAUGGCGAAUUCUUACGAUCAGUUAAUGUGCAUGUGCUAAAUCUUUUUACAAAUUUAGUUGUUGACGAAUCUAUUCGAGAUCAUCUAAAGGUCAAAAUUGAUCAAUUCUUUGAUGCGAAGAUGUCUGCACUGAAUAUGAACGAAAUGGUUGCUCUAUUUAGACUUUUGGGAAAUUUCUCAAUGCUAAAUGAUUCUGCUAAAGCUGUUGCUGAGCAUUUUUCAGAGAUUUUUGGAUUUAUUGCGCAUGAGUCAGCACCUGUCAGACGACAAGCUUGGACCAUUCUCCUUAAUCUAUCCUGUGAACCCGAUUGUGUUCUCAUUAUGUUAAAGUCCUCGGUAUCUAAUGAAGUCGAUGAAAUUCUUAGAAAUCCCUUCUGGGAAAAAGAUGAAAUUAUCCUUUCGAAAUCCCUAAAAUUCCUCUGCAAUAUUUACAGAAGUCUUCCACUUUUAGACUAUGGAAAAUUUUCACGAGAAUCACUUUACACGAAUCUUCUUAAAACGAAGGAUAAUUUAAAACUGCAAACAGAGCUCCACCUAUCACAGGUUUCUUCAACAGAAGAAAUUUACGAGGAUAUCCAGCGUCUUUCGGAAAUACUUGAAUAA